UUAAAUUGUAAUUCGUGGUCGAUAAAAAAUGGAUUUUUUUGAAAAUCCGAAUAAUUUAAGAUUGAUUCAAGAUUUACUUAAAAAACCUGACGGAAAUUCAUCUGAAUCCGAACCGGAGGAUGAUCGUGUUCCGAGUUGUGGUAUAAAAUUUUCAACAUCAAAUUUGAAAACUCACGACAAUAGUACUGAGAAAACUUCAGCGGCUGCGACAACAUCGAAUCAUCAAGAAAUUGGCCAAAGAGUUGCGCGUAGUGUUGCACAAAGUCCACCUAAGACAUUGUUCGAAUGGGAAAGACAAGAGGCACUUGUAAAUGAUACAGAGUUAGAAGAUCGACUAACCCCUGAAUAUCGCAUUGUUUACAAACAAUCUGUUACGCCAGAAGACAUGUAUCUACAAAUAGGAAACAAGACAGCUGCAACAGCAAGUUGCGAAGAAAUGUGCUUGGAAAUUAUACUGCCGAACGAAACAGUUGGCAUUGAUCGAAUGCAAUUGGAUGUGACAACAAACGAAAUUGAUUUACAAACACCAAUGUAUCGCUUAAAAUUGCCAUUAACACAACCGACCGAUCCAGAUCGCGGAAAAGCCCACUGGGACAGCAAUGAGAAAAUAUUACGUCUAACAUUACGCAUGAAGCGCGAAUAUGACUUCAUCAAUUUCUAACAGCUGUGCAAAUGACCACAAC